GCUCUGACCCUCCUCAACUCUCUCUCAUAUUGCAUUGUCUCUAGACUUUCAGCAGUAAACCCCGCAAAAAAUCACAAUUCUCUCUCUCUCUCUCUCUCUCUGGGCAUCGACUUCAAAGCCCAAAUCUACAGUUUUUAUUUGCUCGAAAUUCAGAAAGUAGGUACGAGUUUUAGUCAGUCCUCCUAAUCGAAUUCAUAUAAAUUCUCAUCGGUUUCCUUACAAAUUCUCAGUUUCUCACAUAAAUCCCCAAUUACCCAUUAACCAGCAUCCUUCCUUCUUCCCACUUUUGCUCUCUAUCUAUCCAAUUUUCUGCUUUUUCGGCUCCAAUUUGUGUGGGUUCUGAUUCAAUUUCAGAUUUCUUUUUGGUAUUUAGGAUCUAAGUUUUUUGGCCUUUGACGAGCAGCGGCAGGCAAAGUAUGAGGAUUCUAUGAGUUUUGAACUGCGAUGGCUUUCCCAUAUACAUCAACAUCAAUAGUGCCUUCAGAACUGUCAGAGCAAAGAGGAGCAAAUAUAUCAGAUUCAAACACAACAUGUUUCAAGCUCCAACAAACCAGCCCAGCCGAGGCUCCUUUGAUGGUCCUGUGGCUAUCUUUUGGGAUAUUGAGAACUGCCCUGUCCCUAGUGAUGUCCGUCCAGAAGAUGUAGCUGGUAAUAUCAGAAUGGCUUUACAGGUGCAUCCCAUAAUUAAAGGAGCAGUUAUGACGUUUUCUGCUUAUGGGGACUUUAAUGGCUUCCCUAGACGACUCCGCGAGGGAUGCCAGAGAACUGGUGUUAGACUAAUUGAUGUUCCAAAUGGAAGAAAGGAUGCUGCUGACAAAGCUAUCCUGGUUGAUAUGUUCCUGUUUGCCCUUGACAAUCCUCCACCUUCUUCCAUCAUGCUCAUCUCCGGGGAUGUUGAUUUUGCUCCAGCACUUCAUAUACUUGGGCAACGUGGAUAUAUUGUUAUCCUGGUAAUCCCAUCUGGAGUUGGUGUUUCAUCUGCUCUCAGCAAUGCUGGUAAGUUCGUGUGGGACUGGCCUAGUGUGGCUCGUGGAGACGGCUUUGUGCCUUCUACUAAAGUUUUAAUGCAUCCUCGUGGGGGUCACACUGAUAUUUCUGGGUAUCUUAUGGGUUGCCAUAUCAAUGAUAAUGUGGAUAUCCAAAAUGAAGAAGAAGCUAUCUUGUAUAAGGGAAUAUCACAAAGCUAUUACAACUCGAGAGAUUUUUCAAUAGUCUCACAAUCACUAUCUGAAUUCAACAGUAGUUCCGUAAUGGUGCCUUGCUGUCCUGCUGCUUCAAGGUCACACAGUCUCCCGUCUGGUCUCAAUGAAGUUUCUGCUGGGCCUACAACAUCUGGUGAUCAAAAUGAAUCUACUUGGUGGGUCCAGCCAGGGGACCUAAAUGGUCUGAAGGGACAGCUUGUAAGACUGCUUGAGCUAUCGGGAGGUUGCAUGCCUCUUAUGAAAGUUCCAACCGAGUAUCAGAAAGUUUUUGGAAGGCCUCUUUAUGUAUCAGAGUAUGGUGCAUUCAAGCUCGUAAAUCUGUUCAGGAAGUUGGGUGACACAAUGGCUGUAGAGGGAAAAGGGAACAAGAGAUUUGUCUACCUCCGGAACUGUAAAACGGGCACUAGUGCACCACCUUUGGUUUUGUUAAAGAGGGAUAACAAGAAAGGGAAGGGGACUCAAGAAGAGUGCAUGGAUAUUACUACAGGCAAUGGCUCAUCAGAUGAGUUCUCAGAGGAGGAAAGAGUUGUUGUAGAAGAAUACGAUGAGACGAGCCAAGGAAAGACCAAUGUGAGAACAGUAGGUGAAUGUGGAAUUGAUGAUCCUAGUCUGGAGAAUUUCAAAUAUGAGCUGCAAGAGAUUCUUGUAAGCUACUCUUGUCGGAUUUUCUUGGGUUGCUUUGAGGAGGUCUACCAGCAGAGGUAUAAAAAGACACUGGACUAUCGGAAGUUUGGAGUUAAUCAGCUAGAGCAACUGUUUGAGAAGGUGACAGAUGUGGUGGUGUUGCUUGAAGAACCAGUUGGCAAGAGGAAGUUCCUGGCUGCAAGUGGUGGCUAUAAAAAUUAAGGUGGUUUGGUUGCUGUUUCUAGUAAUUUUCCGAUGCUUUUUAGGUACGCACACCACAGCCCAGCGUCUCUCCCUCUCCUUUUUGAAUAUUUAUGUUUUUUUAGUUACAAAUUUCAUAAAGGGGAAAAACCAAAUGACUGAUGAGGCUGGGAAGCACCUUUUAUUUUUUGUGUGUUAAACGUGUCCUGCAUGGAUGGGAAGCUAAUAUCGAAAUUUCCAUGCACGAUUCAUGCCCAGUCAUUUGCAACUGAUGAUAAACUGGUAAUGUGAGAUGUUGAUGUAAAUUUACUUGUAUUUUGCUUUUGUGCUUGAUUAUACUGAAACUGAAAUUAGCUUGACCUACAUAAUGUGGAAGUAUUCUCAACUCAUCAAUAAAUGUUUUAUGUUAAAGAA